GGGUAGGGAGAGCAGCGCCACCUGGCCCGCCGCCACACAAGCUCGACGUAAACAUCGCCUCCUGCACCUUGACCAGACCUCCCAGUUGUGUUACUGGAGCUGCUGCAGCUGCUGGCCGCCCGGGGCUGGAGCACCAGGCGGGACUACCCUCACUGACUUCAGACGGGUCUUCCCAGGGUCAUGUGAAGUGUGCAAUGAAGUGGUUGUAAAGAUGACUGACUCGGAAGAUGACUGCCCUUCAAGGGCAAGUUACAGUGAGAGUGAAUCUGACGACAUUAGACCGAGCACCAGCUGGGGCUCACGGAAGAGACCCAAGCAAAAUCGCAAGUUGGUAUGUGACGAUUCUUCAGAUGAAGAUCGUCCAAAGAAUGGAGACAAUACAGAAGAUGACUCUGAUGAUGAAGAGGGUACUGCAGGGGAGAGAUUGGAAGGUGUCACACAUACUAGUUCCCUGUUGAUGCAAAAAGAAGAAAAUGAAUCUGGUGAUUCAGACAGCAGCAAUGACAUCCCAGGAGCGGAGACUUGUGCUAUCUGCCUGGGCCGGAUGCGAGGAGAAGUUGGAUCACCAGACUCAUGUGAACACAUCUUCUGUCUUAUCUGUAUCUUGGAAUGGGCCAAGACAAAUGCAACUUGUCCUCAAGAUCGAAAACCAUUUAAAAAUGUGUAUGUACGAAAAGCUUUUGAUGGCCCCAUAGAGAGAGAAAUUCCUGUUAAGAAACGGGAAGAAGUGGUGUUUAUUCCUGAAGAGGAGAACCCUACCUACUGUGAGGUGUGUAAUGAGUGUGACAGGGAGGAACGACUGCUGCUCUGUGAUGGGUGUGACUUGGGCUACCACCUGGAGUGUCUUAACCCACCCCUCUCUCAAGUACCUGUGGAGGAAUGGUUCUGUCCAUGCUGUGUUGGUGUCAGUAUCCCAGGAACAGUUUCAAGUAGGCAAGAGGGUGACACUGCCCAUUCAAGCUCUUCUAGAAGCAGCCUCUCUUGUAGGCGCUCUUCAUCUCGGCAGCCCCGUCUCAUUCCACGAACCAGGGCCACAGAGCGAAUCCGCAUUCGUAUUGAGACUAGGCGUAAAAAACGUAGAUUAAAACGGAAAAAAAGAAAGGCGCAUAAAAGAGAGAAAAUGGAAUCUGGAGAAAUUGACGACCCAAGACCUGCAAUCAAAAACAUUACAAAAUUUUCAUAUUUUGUUCAAGGUGAUAAUGACAUAGAUGCUGCACACACGAUAGAUGAUUUUGCUGAUCAACUGCUUGCAGGUUCUAGCCAGCAGUCUUUACGAGACCAAGCUGACCGUAAAGCUAAUGCUGCAAGAUUGUUACGAGACUUGGCUUUCAAGCCACAGGCAUCAUAUUUGGGGAAAACCUCACAUGCUGUCAUUGAUCGCAUUAGCACUGAAGCAGAAGAGCGAGGUGAUGACAUCUUGAGUGGCAUACUAGAGAAUCAAAGCAUUGCUUUCACGUCCUCAAAGAAACUUACUUUAACCAAUGAUAGGAAGUUAAAAAAGCAAGAAGGAAUGGAAACUGACUCGAGUAAUGUGUUUCAAGAAAAAAAUCUUAUGUCAUUACCUUUGCCUUCACAUAAACCUCCAUCCCAGACAUUAAAUGAAACAAAUGAAACCAUAGAAAAGGAUCCAAAAAGUUGUAGUUCGUCCAGUACUAAUAGCCAAUGCCGUCCAAGUUUUUCCAGUUCAAAAAGGCAUUCUCCUUUUUAUCCAAGGACUAGAUCUAGAUCACCACCUAACAGACCUCGGGUAGAUAAAGCUCCAUAUCUGAGCUCUCACAGGUCUUCCCUUGCAGAUAGAGAGAGAUCGUCAUUGAGGAUGCCUUAUUACCGAGAUAAAAGUCCAUCUCUACAUAGUCAUCAGUCUCCCCUUGAUGAUAAACGAAGGUCUCCUCCCAGAAUGUCUUUCCAGCGGCAGUAUAUGCCACCACAUAAUAGGAGGGACAGAAAGUAUAGUAACUCUCCUGAUAAAAGGAGCUCUAGGGAUCAUCAUAAUGACAGAUUUUCAGAUAGGCAUGAGAAACUAAGAUACCAAGAAAGAAAUUUACCUCGCAGAAGAUCCAAUUCAUGGCAAUGUGCUGUAGACAAUACCACUGCAGCAUAUAAGUAUUCAGAUGAAGACUAUUCAUGUAGUGAAUACAGUAAAGGAAACCACCGCUCAAUGUAUAGAGAGAAUAAAUCAAAUUAUGAAUUCAGUUAUUCACGAGGACCAUCUGAUAAGAGGCAUGCUUCACCCAAUGCAAAAUAUAACAGAAAUGUUUACAGAGAUCAGUCACCAUAUAGAAAAAACAGAACCUAUAAUAAAGAAGGUAACUUGCAACGAUGGAAUGAUUCGUCUUCCAGGGGUCGAGGUUCAUAUGGCAAAAGAGAGGGGGAGAAUUUGGGUCAUAGAUCAUACAAGUCAUGCCAUACAAGAUCCAGGUCAAGAUCCAGGUCAAGAUCCAGGUCAAGAUCCAGGUCAAAAGAGGGCUCUAGUCACCAUACAGCUCAUAGUGAGAGAGAGAGAAAACCACGUUCACAGUGGGGCUAUUCUUAUUAUAAUUCAAAAGAUGCUAAUGAAAAUGGUAAGAAUGGUAGUGUAAAUCACAACCUACACAGUGUACACAAUCUUGAUGUUCCAUCUUUAAAUGGUGAAAUGAAUGUUGAUGUGAAUACUAACCAACUAGUAAAAGGCUUGAAUCUUGAUUCUGUUCUUGCCACUUGUUCCGACACAGUACCUAUUUGUUUAUCCAAUAAAAGCAAAGAAAAUGCACAUGUAAGUAAAAAUAUAGAUAACGAUGAUCGUUGCGAGAGCAGAACUGGUAAUCAGUAUUUAGUGGUGACAGAUAAGUGUGACAUGCAGUGUAUAGAACAUAGCACAGUUGAAGUUGAUGAGUGUGCCCAAAGAAGCCAAAGAGCAGUGUCUUCGAACAGUAUCUUGUCCUCCAUGAAUAAUGAUCAGACAUUGAGAAAAAACAGCCAAGAAACCUCUGUAUCUAGUAAAGAAAAUGUAAAUCCGUCUUUUCACAAAUCUGAUAGUAGCCCAGUUGAAAAGACAAGUAACUGGAGACAAGAUAAUUGGAACAGUAUACAUUGUGAAGGUAAAGCAGCAACUGAUGAUGAUAACUUUAAAAUAAAAAAUAUCAAAAGUAAGAAAAGUAAAGCCUUAUCCUCAUUAUUUGGGGAUGACAGUUGUGAUAAUGAAACAAUUAGUUAUGAAACUGAGGUCCCCUGCAGAAAGAAGGAAGACAGUCAUAUAGCAAGAGAAAAAAAUUCAAAUUCUAAAAGUAGAGAAAGUGUAUCCAAGAAGAGCUUAAAUGCUGUGCAUAUUGACAGUAUUAGCAGUGAAGGCAAAGGCUUAAGCCCUCCUUUGCUUCUUAAAGGUUGUGAUACGUUAAAAUAUGAAGAGCACUUUCCCAAAGAGGAAAUGGAUGACACUACUCUACCUCAGACAUUUUGUUCAGUGAUUGAAAAUGAUAGCACUAACAAGUCAGUGGGAAUUGGACGGAAGAGCAAGCAUAAUCAUCAAGAGGUACAUGUUAAGAGCAUUGAUUUGUUUUCUAACAGUAAUCCUGCAGAUAAAAGUAAAAUUCAAGAAAGAAAACCUCAUUUAGAUCUUUAUUCAUUGUUUGGAGAUAAGACUGAAACAGAAGGUGUGAAAAGUAAAAGUAAGUCAAGUAAGCAUGGCACUGAAUCUUCUCACUCUACUAAAAAGUCUGUUUCUAAAGACAGGAGACAUAAUCAAGGAAAAGAUGCAUCCUGUAAAGACAAGAGCCACAAAGACAAAUAUGAAGGUAGUGAAGAUUCUUACAAAAAUGAUAGUAAUAUGUCUGAGGAUAAUGAUUUCAUGACAAGUCAUUCUCAACAUCUUGUUUUGGACAGCAAAGACAAGAGCCACAAAGAUCACAAAGAUAAGCAUAAAGGUAAUACAUCAAGUGAAGGGUCUGACAGAACUGAAUAUAGUAAGUCUGGGGAUAAGGAUUUAAUAAGAAAUCAUCCUCAACCUCUUGCCAUGGGCAGUAGUAAGAGCAAAGAGUCGCACACUAAUGUUGUUGCGAAGAAACAUGCUAGUUUAGAAGUCAACGUUCCCCAAAUGGAAAAUGCUAAGUUAAUAGAAGCUAAGUUUAAACAAAAUUGGCUUUUAGGCUCAAAAUCACCACAUGACAAAGCUAAAGGGAAAAAUUUUCCAUUAGAGGCAGCCGCAGAUGAUGAGGGAACUGUGAAAAAAGGCCACAGCAUGGUCUUAGAUUUAUUUGGGGAUAUAACAGACAUCUGUAGUACCGAUUCGUCUGAUACUGGCAUGAAAAAAGUUGAACAACAGGAAAAAUUUGGACUUGAGGGUAAAAAUGAUUGGAUGGAGUGUAUAAAGAGUUUUGGAAAGUUUUAUAAAGAAUACGGUGACAUUGGGAACGUGGCAAAGAAAUGUAAACAAAUCCAAGAAGAGAAACCAAAACACCAGAUAUCAGAGUAUGAUGUGGUACAGAAUGAAAAGAAAAAUUAUAAAAGAAGUGGCUUGGCAGAUAUAAAAAUAAAUCAUGAAUUCAAGAUGCAAAAAAAUCAAGAAAUAGCUGUUACAAAAGAUACAGAAAAAUUGGAUUGUCUCAAGCCUAUAGAAACCAAAUCUAGUACACUUGCCUCGUCCUCCAAGCAAAAGGCUGCUCCAGGAGACACCAAAAGAGAUGACUUACGGCCAAAGCCACAGAAAUCAUCUUUAGAAGUGAAAGUAGUGGAGGAAGUUAAGAAAUGGCUAGACCCUUACUAUCGAGACAAGUCUGUGACUAAGGAUGAGUAUAAGCAGAUUGUUGCAAAGUGUGUUAAGAAGGUUGUAACAGCAGAAUGUGGAGACAUAAUUGAGAGUGAGAAAAUGCGUGGCUUGGUAGAUGGAUAUGUUGUACUGUACAAGCAUCGUAGAACAAAGCUACAGCAGAGCUCUGCCAAUUGAUGCCGCCUCAUAAUUUGUGAAACUGCCGCAACAAGGAAUUCUCUUCUGUGAUUACCAAGUUUGAAUGUGUGGCAUUGUAUAUUUUCUUCAUGUUGUAUAAACACUACGAUGUACAAAAUAUCCCAGUUUAAUUUUGGCCUGUGCAUUUGGUAAAUAUUGUUAUUAUAAUUACAGAAUGUGCCCCUUUUAUGGAGUGAUGCAUUAUUGUUUUACCCUCUUCUUUCCUACCGCUUCUUAAUCUCCAAAUGGUAACUAGAGAAUUCCUCUUUGUAUAAAUUUGAAACUUUGAACAUACUGUAGUAUGCAUGCUCAAAAAAUACAAGCUUUGAAUAAAAAUUGGGCAGUGUAGGCAAUGGAGGUUUUAUUAGUUUGAGAAUCUUUGUAUCUGCAUAAUGUUGCAAUGUGUGAAUCAAAUGUAUUACACUCUCUCUUGAACACUCGGCAAUGUGCUGGAUAAUCUCAGUUGAAGUUGCUGGCCCAGAAAUUCGUUUGUUUAAUUAAGGACAUGGAGCCAUGUUUUUUCAAUCUUUUUCAAAUGUGUCUUUUAAUGCCAUAAAAAGUCUAGAAUUUUGACUACAUUUUGUAUUUUUUUGAAAGAAAUCAUGAAACACUUAUGUACAGUUAGCCACGUGCUUUACGAACACCUGUUAUACGAUUGGGGUACCCAGCCACUUUGACCAGACAGUAGAGCGAUGGUCUCACUUCAUGCAGGUUGGCGUUCAAUCCCGACUGUCCAAGUGGUACCAUUCCUUCCCCCCUCCCCGUCCUAUCCCAGAUUCUUAUCCUGACCUCUUCCAAGUACUAUAAAGUUGUAAUAGCUUGGCACUUUCCCCCUGAUAAUUAAACAAAAAAUUAUCCGAUUGGGAUUUGUUCGGAUAAAAAAGUUUGGAUAACUGGUGGGGCAUACAGUCUGAAUAAAAAUGUGCAAUAAAGAUGGAACAGGUUUGCCCAGUGACUGUACACAGCACCAUUUGAGCAGUGUUCAUACAUUGAUGGAUGCCUCAGAAACUUUCAACUUUGCUAUGGCAUUAGGUACAUUAGCGUACAUGGUACAAGGCAAUCUGUUGAGGUUAGCCCUUCACCAUUAAUCUCCACCUUUUCUAUCUAAAACCAUGGAAGAUUAUAGUUGAUGGAGCAUUGUUAACAAGCUGAUCAAACUAUAUAUUGAAGAGUACAAACAAAACACUGUUGAAUUUCUGCAACAAAAUUAUAAAUUUUUCCUCCCUAACUUUUCAGAAUGACUAACCACUUAUCCGAACACAAGAAGUUAUCCAUUCGGUCUCAGUCCUGAGAGGAUAAGGUAGCAUCUGGCUGACUGUAUACAUAUUUGUUUUUAAGUCAUCAUCGACUGGGGAGUUGCCAACUAGCAUUUUUCUAUUAAGAAAAAAAUUAGAUUAAUUAAAUACAAAUAAUUAAAAAAGUAUAAAGCUAGUUUUAUAAUUAAAAGGGAUAUUGUUAAGGAUUUAUGAUGCUGCAUCUUUGGUUGGAGAAUUCUAAUUUAAAAUCUCCAUUUUGAGCUUUUACUUCCUGAUCUCUAAAGGGUAAAUAUGAGGAAAGAUCAAUCUGAAAACAUUUUCUAGUGUAAACAUGGCUCUGUGCCCUUUUGCCAGUUUUCUUAUAAUAGGAUUUUUUAUAUUUUGGGAUACUUAACUUUAAAAAUUAGUAUAGAAGAAUCACUUCACAUUUGCAUAUACUGUACUGCCCUUAUAGGAAGGUAGACUAUAUACUGUCUACAUGUUCUUCCUUGUAAUCCUCAUAAUGGAUGUUUGCAGAAGUGAUUACAGUAUACCUGAUUUGUUUAUUACACAGUAAUUUCAAACAGUCUUACAUUAUUUCUUAAAAAUUUAUAUUAUUUUUACAUUGAAUAAUCUCUUGUACUUGCACUGUAUAAAUUUUGGUUUAUUGGUUAUAGCCUUAUAAUGGCAGUUGUAAGAAAUAACAUUUUAUAUUUUUUAUUGGGAUUGUUGGCAUUUACUCCAUAACAAGAUAUAUUAUACAAUUCCUUAACAUUUUAUUCAUCUAUACCUAGAAGUUCCAAAAGCUGCAAUACAUACCAAUUUCCUUAUAUUUAAAUAUUUUCUCAUUAAAACUUAAAUUUUAUAAUUACAUUAUAGUUUCACACGCAACACUCAUACUUACCUCGCAUUCACACAACAAUCUAUUAUAAUAAACAAAUAUCAAUGAAGCAAGCUGGUUGGGCAGUAAACUUCCACUGGCUAGCAGACAGGUACUGUACUCCCUCCACCAAAGAAAUAAAUUUAAUUUCUGACAGCUUUGAUGAUCCACCUGCUGAGGCAAACCGACUGUGACAAUGAAUGAUGACUGAUAUACUGUCUGAUGAUUUGCUGUGCUUGUGAUGACCAUGUCUGCCAACUAAUGAUUUAAAAAUAGAGACACUGUCAGUUAUUGUUUCUAAGAGGGCCCCUCAGCUCCCUGGGCUAUACACUGCUACUCAACCAUGAUUUAAGAAGAUGCACCAGGUCUCCAAGUCCCACCCUUGCUCACUUUGAGCCAGGAUCAAGAUCUUAUUUUGUAAGAGAGUGUCACUCCAACAGCUAAGCAAUACCAGUGACAGCUGGACGCGGUCCUACCAUUCUGACUGGCAACCACGAGACCUCGGUUUCUCUACCCUCUUGCAUGGGCAAAAGGAACAAAGUGAACUGACUGAACACCAGUGAACACUGACUCAACUGCACAUGCCAGUUGCAGUGGCAAUCAACAAUGAUGGUAAUACUCAACAACAACAAAACAGCUUCUCACAAAGAGCUACUUGUCACCUGGACAAUCUUCAAUCAAGUAAUUGAUUGACGUUAACACUUGCCACUUGGACUGCAAUAACAAAUACAGGUAAUCACGUACAACACUUGAUGGUAACAUACAAGUACAACACUGUAAUGUUCACAACACAAUAAUUAAUAAAUGAAAAAAUAAAUCGCAGGUGUCAACUAGACACAACACUCAAUGACUUACUCAUUCACUGGUGUCUGGAAAGAAUAUAAAAUACACUAUCACACAUACUGAAAUACUCAAUAAUGAAAUAAUGAUAUAAUAAUAAUAUAAUAUCAAUACCAACACCGUACAACUCGGAUGCACAAAAAUAUAAGAUAUACUAAAUGGAUAGCAUGUGUAUAAUAUUUACACCAAUGACAGUGAACGGAUGCAGUAUCGUGCAGACUGCUGUACCGACACAUGUCCCGUUGCUUCCUCAACCAAUCUACCUCUCACCUGUACCGAGCGAUAAUGAGAUAAAUGCAGGUCGGACGGCUGAUCCAGGAUCAACAUAAGGAAAACACUUUCAGAACAAGAGAAACGUUGGUACUCACUUUAGGAUCAGCCUGUCACUCGCACUUUGCAAGUUACAGUAUUGGACUAUAGAUGCUCCGAUAUAAUGCUCCAGCAAUUACCGCAUGUGGUGACAUGCGAGUAACACAGUUGACACAGGGUGGCAGGUGCAACUCCUCAAGCAAUGACCGCACGUGAUGACAUGCAAGUACAGUAACACAGAUGACGCAGGGAAGCAGGUGCAACUAGAUCAACAGGUGCUCCAUGGCCGCUAGUGGCGCAACGAGCAAGCUUGGGUGGUGGUGAUGGCAGCUACACAUUGUAGGGUGGCGCAGUUUGGCAGGAAAUUUUACAAGUCCACAAAUCGCUCUGAAAAUAAAGUUCUCUCACUUUGAAAAAUAUAUAUAAUGACUAAGACAGCACCGAUGAUGAUUUACAGUUCUGUACUGUGUAUGAUCAUAUUCAAUAUUUAUGUCCUAUUAAAGUAAUUCAAAUGAUUACAUGAAAUCAUUAUACAGUACUUUAUUGCUUAUAUUGAUUAUGGAUAAUGGUUACAGAUAAUCAUCACAGUGAUUAUAGCUAUAGAUUGUAUAUAGAAGUAGGUUGUAUGAUAUGAUUGCAUUAAAAAUAUUAUAUUUUUAAUUAUUAUAGUUAUAUUCAGUAUAUUAAUUGUAGAGGUUUAUACAGUACACUAUAUAUUAAUACACUCACAAAUUAUUACUGUACUACGUCUAUUCUAGCCACUGCACUCGUCUAAUGGGGAACUGUGAAAUACUCUAUCACUAGACAACAAAAAAUUCACAGGACAUUAUUAUGUAGCUCCAGAGACCUUCUUUAAUUUGUUGUGAUGAAUUUUGUGAUGAAUGCAAAUCAAUGUGUGUAUUACACCAGACAAUAUUUUGACAGAUUAAAUGUUUUCAUUAUGAUUUUGACUUGAUUUAGUGAUACUUGUAUUUUUAAAGAAUUUUGGCCGGAUACAAUUUGUCUUUGAGGACUCUUAGUAGUGUUUUGCUCUUUGAAUUAGGUUUGGUAAGCUCUAGUCAUUUUAAACAACUAUUAAGUAAUUUGAGGUGGCAUUAUUUCCUUUUAGUGAGCUUUAAGUCAUUUUUGUAAUAAAAAUAUUCACACACACAUUUGAUAUUCUAUACAAUUGUUUAACAUUUUAUGUAUAAUACAUGAUAAAAGUAGGAGAGGCAUCUGUGUUUAAAGAUCAGUUCAUAAUAUUGCAUCACGAGAUAUAUUAGGAGAAGAAACGGCAGAUACCUCCUUUGAUCACCUAAUUGUGAUCAAACUUUAUCUAAUUAGUUUGAUAAAAUAUAUGAGACUUUCAUAGUUAUGAUAGUUAUAUAAAAGAUGUGUCCUUAAAAGAGUAAAUGGGCUAUUUUAUCAUCUGAAAUAUGUGUAGAAUACUGGCAUGUACUACUUUCUAGUACUAGUAUACAUAUUUUGUUUGCUCAAGUUUUGGAUGCUUUUAUCAACUUUAGUACAGUAACAUUCAUUUUUGUUCCAUACUGUUGGCAGUGUAUAUGUGCAGUGAGGAACCCAGAUUCAGUUAACAAGGAAAGUGGUAGUUAAAGCAUCUAGAAAGCUUUAAGCAUUUUCAGUAUUAAAUAUAAAUUUCAAAAUUUGUGGAACUUUAAUUAAAUAUAUAAAAUCCAGAUUAUGACUUGAGUAAUUUUGAAUAAACAUUUUAUAUCACUUUUUGCUGAUUACUGUACAAGCAAAUUUUUUUUUUUUUUUUAUAAAUCCAUGCAAAAGUUUUUAUUUAUUUUAUUUUAUUUUGUGUAAUGUGAACCAUAGUGUUUCUUCUAUGCCACAUUUCAGUGUGUUAUCCUAUAUGUGCCCUCUAAUUCAAUCAUUUAGUUGUAUUAAUAGUUAAUUUAACUGAAAGAGAUUACAAUGGAGAUACUAGUAACACCGCUUGAUAUCAUCAUCCUCUUUAAGGGUAAUCAAAAUAAUUUACCAAGCAAUGGACUGCUCAUUCCUCACUCUACCUGUUGCCUGGUGAUGAAUAAUUUUGUUUGUGUUGAUCAGCAUAUCACCUUGAGGCAGUGGGAGUUAGAUACAAUCAUGUAGCCAGACUUGUCAGUAUUAUCUCAAGGAGAUUAAGACCCAUAUUUGACCCCAGUGGUUCAGUCUCGUGCCUUAAUGCCUCAUGUUGUAUAGCACAGUUUCAACAUCUGAAACUUCACUUUAUUACUUUAUAAAUCUGGGUAUCCAGUUACACCUAUAAAAAUACAUAAGCAUGGUUAAAUUUUAAUUUGACACUGAAAUGUUGUAGAAAGAAUACAGUACUACUGUAGAUUGAUUGACAUAAAGGCUUUGUAGUUUAUUUGUCGAGUGAGAAGACCAGUCAGAGCAAGGAGUUAAUGUAUGAAAGAGUUUAAAAAGUGGUGGUUUAUAGGUCAUGUUAUUUUAUAGUAGUAUGUGUCUAAGGAUGAUGUAUAAAACGGUCAUGCUAGAGUGUACAUUAUAGAUGAGAUUGCAGACGAGGAGUCACAAUACUGUGGCUGAAAUAUGUUGACCAAACCACACACUAGAAAGUGAAGGGAUGAUGACGUUUCGGUCCGUCCUGGACCAUUCUCAAGUCGAUUGUGAGAAUGGUCAUUCACAAUUAACUUGAGAAUGGUCCAGGACGGACCGAAACGUCAUCAUCCCUUCACUUUCUAGUGUGUGGUUUGGUCAACCAGAAAUGAGAUUUUUGAGGAAAGGUGAUUUACAUACCAGACUGAUGAAUAUCACCAUCAUGGAUGAGUAAGAUUGUUUGAGUGGAAUCAAUUUCGAUAGAUAGUCCUUCCAGUCACCUGGACUGGACCACCUUUUAUUGGAUAAUGUACAGUAUAUGUAAAGAGAGGAGUGUUUAUCAAGAAUUCAAGAAUAUUAAUCAUUUCACACUAAUCUUGCAGGUUAAUGUGAAACAGCAUGAUAUGCAUAUACUGUAGUAAACUAGGUUAAUUUUAAUUAAAAACAAAUGGAUAUAUUUUAUAUGAACCUGUGAUGAGAAUGUGAGAACUAAGUUAAAUCUGUUAGGGUUGUAUCACAAUAUUAAUUAAAUUAAAUGCAGAGAAAUUUUCAUUCAAACACAAUUUUGAUAUGAUAUCAAACCCAGAUGAAAUAAAUGAAAGGUGGCAAAAAUAAUUAAAAGUGUAGCAUAGGGAAUAAUCUCAAGUAUAUAAUUAUUUGUUACUAGUAAUAUUUAGUAGGUCACAAUGAAGUAAAAUUAUAAAGCAGUACAGAAAUUAAGUGAAUUAAAGCUCUUGGAAUUGGUGGAUGAUGAAAUGGUGUAUUAUAAUGCAUAAGCUUUGUAAUGUGGUACAUUAGAGCAUUGAAGUAAGAUAGUGUACUAGAAUACAUAAUGAAUAUAAUGAUAUUGUACCAGUGCACAAUAAAACUGUCAAGAAUGUAUGCAGUUACUGUUGUAUAUUUAAUAAAUGUUUUAGGUACUCCAUUAUUCUUCAUCGUUGGGAGUAAAUUGAGAUGAUCUGGGAAAUGUUGCAGAUAAGUUCACAUUCCUUCAAGAAUGUGAAUAAGACAUCAAAUUCAGAAGUAUAUAGUAUGAGAAAUAAAUAUACAUCGGAAAUACUGUAAAAUCACAAAUGGUCACUGAUAUACAGAAUGAACAAAAAAAUUAAUUGUUUUAACUCUGAACACUUUUGCUACCAUGUAUGCACCAUGUAUGUGGAAUAAUUACAAAAUAAUUUAUUAAA